CGGGGAGAGUGAACAGGUCCUCUUGAUCUUUUAAAAAUAUCUAACUUUACCCCUAAAAGACGCAGUGUGUCGUCAUUUUUUUGUCUAACGUUAGAUGGGAAGGCUGUGAUUGUUUGCUCACGGACGGGUUGUAUUAACGGUCGUGUGUUAAUCUAGCAAAAGUGUCCGCGCUACAGGGAAUUUCAGCCUGAACUUGAAUAAUAACGGUCGUCGUGGUUUAUUCACCGACCCCCGUCAAGUUUCUUUUGUUUGUUUAUUUUGCCGUUUCUAACAACAACUAAAGGAGUGCGAAUGACCUAGAUGAAGCUAAGAAGCGGAUGAAACGUGGACGUAAAUAAUUGGUGCUUGAAAUGGCGAAAAUCUUUUUCGGACUCAACCCAGAGAUGGAAUGCACGUUCACCUUUUAUCUGGUUCGGGGACUUUGGACGACUCUGACAGACAUGAUUGACUACGCAGGACGGGUGAAGUGAGUAGAAAAGGCCUUCAGCACUUGUCCUGGAAUGUUUCUAUCUACUGAUGCAUGUCAAUAUUAUGGGAUGGCAAACCCAGGAGGUGACUGUCUACCUUUCUCAUGUUGGUGACCUUGAUGGUUUUGAAGGAUCCCAGACUGAAUCUUUGGAGAUAGAGACGGAUGAAUGAUUCAAAGCUUGCCGUGGUCCAGCGCUAUGGUAGAUAUGCCGAGCCUGUACAGUCCCUUGUCCCCGCUGGGCGAUCAAAUCCUGGACAGCCCUCUGUGUGGAGAACUCAUCGGUGACAUGGAGGUGCUCGUGGACAUCUCUCAGUCUCUCAGCGACGAUACUUUCAACUUUCACGUGCUGGAAUACCAGAGCUGGAACACAUUAGUAGACGACUCCACUGUCUUAGAUGUCUUAUCCCCGGCAUCCAGUCCGUCCUCAGAAGCGUUCGCGGCCAGCACAGGUCAGGACGAGAACUCCUCCGGUUCUCUCGCCCUCGAGUGCCGCGUCUGCGCCGACCGGGCCUCAGGCUUCCACUACGGAGUGCACGCCUGCGAGGGAUGUAAGGGCUUCUUCAGGAGAACCAUCCGACUCAAACUGGAGUACGACAAGUGCGAACGCAAAUGCAAGAUCCAGAAGAAGAACAGAAACAAAUGUCAAUACUGCCGUUUCCGCAAGUGCCUUGCAGUGGGCAUGUCCCACAACGCUAUCCGUUUUGGGCGGAUACCCCAGUCAGAGAAGCAGAGGCUGAAAGCAGAGAAGGAUGUCAGCGGGAAAGAGGAGCACCAGCCACUGCAGCCGGACACGAGGAGUCUGGCCAGGCAGACGCAUGAAGCCUACCUCAAACACUUCCACAUGAACAAAGCCAAAGCACGCGCGUUUCUCACGGGCAAGACCAGCACUCCGCCCUUCGUCAUCCACGACAUGGACUCUCUCCAGCACGCAGAGCACAAUCUACUCACCCAGCUGCUGGGCAACGUGGCGUCCGGCGACAGCUCCACUCCGCAGCAGAGAGAAGCGGAGGCCCGGCUCUUCCUGUUCUGUCAGUACGCCUCGGUGGCGACGGUCACGGAGCUGACGGAGUUCGCCAAGGCCUUGCCCGGCUUCGCCACCCUGGACCUCAACGACCAGGUGACUCUGCUGAAGUACGGCGCGUACGAGGCGCUCUUCGCCCUGCUGGCGUCCUGCAUGAAUAAAGACGGGCUGCUGGUGGCUCGCGGCGGAGGCUUCAUCACGCGCGAGUUUCUGAAGAGUCUACGCAAGCCCUUCAGUGACAUGAUGGAGCCCAAAUUUCAGUUCGCCACGAGGUUCAACGCUCUCGAGCUGGACGACAGCGACCUGGCGCUGUUCGUGGCUGCCAUUAUCUGCUGCGGAGACCGUCCAGGACUGAGUAACGUGUCACGGAUCGAGCACAUCCAGGAGAGCAUAGUUCACGCCCUUCGGCUCCACCUGUCGUCCAACCACCCGGACAACGGCUUGCUCUUUCCCAAGCUGCUGCAGAAACUGGCCGACCUGCGGCAGCUGGUGACAGAGCACGCAGAGCUGGUCCAGGAGAUCAAGAAGACAGAAGACGCUUCACUCCAUCCUCUUCUGCAGGAGAUCUACAGAGACAUGUACUGAGAGCUCGAAGCGUUCCCGUUCUCAGGAAGCGCUGAUGCACGACAGAUGUGUUUGGGACAGGUUGCUUUGAGUUGCUGAAAGACUUGCUUUUGGAUCAAGCAGUGCUGGGCAAAGCCAGUGUAAAUGUACACUCGUUAAUAUGUAAUAGGGAAUUGACCUUUACAAGGAUGAUGCUUAUAGUCCCCUAAUAAGUGCAAUACAUGCUUUCUGGCCAUAAUGUAUUCUCGUAAAAGGAGCCAAUGGAGCGAAUGCUAUUCGAGUGUAGUAAGCAAACAGUACACACACACACAGAAAGAGAGAGAGCUCAUUAAAGUGCCAUUUGGAGUGUUCUAAGCAUGUGUUUUUUUCUGUAGCUUUUGACACAUUUGGCCACAUUGAGAUGAUGUGGUGGUGCUUUCCUUUUCCACCUUAAUGUACUAUUUGUAGGGCGGAGCUUCAGAUAUUAUGGGCGUUGCUAAUCAAGUGUAACUUCCAGAACGGUUGACGUCGCAUCAGCUAUCAGCUCUUCUGGCAAACAACCUAAAGAUUUAGGAUCCGGCAGUUGCCUCUCCCGAAUAAGGCGUGGUUUGUCAUGUUUUAAUGCUAGAAAGAAAUGUAUGAGAGAGCCAUAUAAAUCAGAUUGUUUGUUACCUCAUUUGAGUCGCUUGUAUAUUGAACAUCGUUUGUAAAAUAUUUUGUAUAAAAAAUAUCAUGGUACACUGUAUAGCACUCCAACUGUAAUUUUGUAGUCGAAAUGUGUUGUUUGUUUUGACUCAGUACUUGUAUUUGAUUGGUAAAUUAUUGUUUUGUUGUUUUCUUAAAAUGUAGAGCCAAUGUACUUUUUGAUGCAAUUUCCAAGUCCCUUGAUGAUCAGAAAAUGCUUUGUAGACUUGGGCCAACAUUUGGUUAUUUGAUUUGAUUGAAAAAUGUAAUUUUCAGUUGUGGAGGUGUAAUUGUUUGUAGUUUGAAAUGAAAUACAAUGUUCAU